GUGCUUUAUUUCAUUCAUCAAACCAUCUUAGUUUAAAACUAGGUACACCUUACUAGCAACAAACAACACUUGAAGUACCUACUUUUGGUACCUUUUAGUUCUAAACAUGGAAUUUGUUUCUAUGUUGUGUUUGUUUACUUUCAUUUCUUUCACUCUUCUUCUAAUCCAUUCUAUCUUCAAAUUCUUGGCUUUUGCUUCCAAGAAACUGCCACUUCCUCCUGGUACUUUAGGUUUACCUUAUAUUGGUGAAACCUUCCAACUCUACUCACAAAAUCCCAAUGUUUUCUUUGCUUCCAAAGUCAAAAAGUAUGGUUCAAUUUUCAAGACUUACAUAUUGGGUUGUCCUUGUGUAAUGAUAUCAAGUCCAGAGGCAGCUAAACAAGUUUUGGUCACAAAGGCUAAUUUGUUUAAGCCUACAUUUCCUGCUAGCAAAGAAAGAAUGCUGGGAAAACAAGCAAUUUUCUUUCAUCAAGGUGAUUAUCAUGCCAAAUUGAGAAAAUUAGUCCUCCAGGCUUUCAAGCCCGAUUCUAUCAGAAACAUCAUCCCCGACAUUGAAUCCAUCGCGAUAACAUCACUCGAAUCAUUUCAAGGAAGAUUGAUCAACACUUAUCAAGAAAUGAAGACAUAUACAUUCAAUGUGGCAUUGAUUUCGAUAUUUGGUAAAGAUGAAUUUCUAUAUAGAGAGGAGCUCAAGAAAUGUUACUACAUUCUCGAAAAAGGAUACAAUUCGAUGCCAAUUAAUCUCCCCGGUACACUCUUCAACAAAGCAAUGAAAGCGAGGAAAGAGCUAGCUAAAAUCGUUGCCAAAAUCAUCUCGACUAGACGAGAAAUGAAGAUUGAUCAUAGCGAUUUGCUCGGGUCAUUCAUGGGAGAUAAAGAAGGACUUACUGACGAACAAAUUGCAGAUAAUGUAAUCGGAGUCAUCUUUGCAGCUCGAGACACUACUGCUAGUGUUCUUACAUGGAUCCUCAAAUACCUUGGAGAAAAUCCCAGUGUCCUACAAGCUGUCACAGAAGAGCAAGAGAAUAUAAUGAGAAAAAAAGAGGUGAAUGGUGAAGAAGAAGUUCUAAAUUGGCAAGAUACAAGACAAAUGCCAAUGACAACAAGAGUUAUUCAAGAAACACUUAGAGUUGCUUCAAUUUUAUCAUUCACAUUUAGAGAAGCUGUUGAAGAUGUUGAAUUUGAAGGAUAUUUAAUACCUAAAGGAUGGAAAGUAUUACCACUCUUUAGGAAUAUUCAUCAUAGUCCAGACAAUUUUCCUGAACCAGAGAAAUUUGAUCCUUCAAGAUUUGAGGUGUCACCAAAACCCAAUACAUUCAUGCCAUUUGGCAAUGGGGUCCACUCAUGUCCAGGGAAUGAAUUAGCCAAGCUGGAGAUUUUGAUCCUUGUACAUCAUCUGACCACAAAGUACAGGUGGUCUAUGGUGGGCCCACAAAAUGGAAUUCAGUAUGGGCCAUUUGCUCUUCCCCAAAAUGGUUUACCCAUUAAACUCUCUCUCAAAACAUCAUCAACAUAAGCCUAACAAUCAAUUUGAGAUGAAAAAAAAUAUAAUAUAUAUUUAUUAUACAAAAAUAAGUUUGGGAUCUCACAAUGAGGUAACAAAUGAGCUUGAGUAAUCUGAAAGACGAGACAAAUUAAGACGGAUAUCAUACAAGUUUGAUCAGUCUAAAAGUCACAAUCAAUAUCACACGAGCUUGACUAGUCCAAAAGGCAUGAUCAAGGACAAACACAAGCAUCAUACGAGGUUGAUCAGUUCAAGAACCACGACUAGGCAUUACACGAGCUUGAUCAGUCCAAAAGGCACGACCAAGACCUAGACAAACACAUAAGUUUGAGGACCUAAAAUUGUAAAUACAAAGAGUUCCCAUAGUACUUAAGAGAUAUUACACCACAAAGGGUAUGGUUCAUUUUUUUCCUUAAAGAAAAGGAGAAAAAUAAGAAGGUAAUUUAUUAGUGUAUAACAUAUAGUAAGAGGAAUUUUUUUUUUUUGUAAUUUUAUUUUAAUAUUUUAGUUUUUUAAAUAUUCUGACAUGUAAAAGAAGUCCGCAAGGCAAUUAAUAAAAGGUUGAUUUAGACAAUA